AUGCGUUUGCUUGCUGUGUCUAUUUCAGGUUAUUAUCUUAGAUACAGUCGAUGCAGAAUUGCAGGUUGUCGAAGUCAAUUUCUCUUCAGGAGGAGGAUGCUAAUUAAAGUUGUUCUCACUCCUGAUAAAGGUCAAGAGACGUCUUCUUCUUCUGAGUUGCUACCCAUCAACUUCCCUGGAUUGGCAAAGUCAAUGAAGAAGGAAGAGGAGACACCAUCUUUGUUUACAGGCAGUGAAAAAUCUACUUCUGGUCAUUUUAUACAUGUAUUUGUUGACCACCUACAAAUUGAAUGGUGUGGGUUAGCUGCAGCUUCCUCUUGCUCAUUGCUUUCCUUCUAUUCCGGUCGUUGGAUGUUUCAAUUUUUAUUGCCGGAAACACAAUCGAUUUUGUCAUUUACUGGAGGUUCAGCGUCAUCUCAGGUCAUUAGUACAUGGGAGGUGAAGAACAAGAUUGACUUUAUCUCGCUAUCAUACACUCGACAUGCAGAGGAUGUUCAUGAAGCUCGUGAUUUCCUAGCAAAGCUAGGUGAUCUUUCUCAAACUCAAAUAUUUGCAAAAAUUGAGAAUGUUGAGGGCUUAACCCAUUUUGAUGAGAUCCUAAAAGAGGCAGAUGGAAUUAUUCUUUCUCGUUGCAAUCUUGGAGUAGAACUCCCACCUGAAAAGGCAUUCCUGUUUCAAAAGGCUGCUCUUUACAUGUGUAACAUGGCUGGAAAGACCGCAGUGGUUGUUGAUGGAAUGGAUGUUGUGAAGGCGAUUGAGAUAGUUGGAUAG